CAGUCGCAACACACAACAUACAACACUGCAGUUGCCUUUCACCAGCAUCCGAUGCUGUGUUGCAUUCUCGCUCCUUCCACAUCCCCCAACAUCUCCCAAUAGUACGACACUUUUACAAAUACGCUAUUUCAAUUAAAAACCCAGCAAUAAAUCUGCUCAUUUAUCACUCUGGGGUGCUACAACAAAAUUCCUUACAAAUAUGAAAAUACUGGGGUGAACUACUACUUUAUUCUAGCAGGCUCCCGCCGAGUCCUGUUAUCAACCAGUCCAACUCCAUUAUGCUAGUGUAAUGUCAUAUCAAGUGAUUUUUAAUAAUUAUUUAAUGAAGAAGGACUUAAUCAUUGAGUAAGUUAAGGAUCCACGUGCGGCUCUUGGGCGUUGGUUCAUCUCCUUCGAGACGAACUGAAGACGUAAGUUGUGAAAUGAGUGUCAAGUGAACUUGAAUAGAUAAAAACAAAGUGAUACACUGCUGCAUAAAGAAUUGUCGUGUGAUUGGUGGAGCACCAUGGGCAGGGAUCCAGGAUUGAUGUUCACCACCAAGGGAUGCCACCUCCUGGCUAUUUGGCUGCUUGCCACCUGUGUCGCGAGUAAUAAUGUAAACGAACCGCCGAUUUUCGAGCCAGGGGGAUUUCCACUUGGUUUACCUCUCAACGAAUCAACGGAGGUGGGCACUGAGAUAUUUACCCUUAAGGGCCACGAUCCGGAAGGUUCACCAGUCAAAUAUGGAAUCCAGUCGACUGACAAGUUAACUGUUGACCCUAGCAGUGGCGUCAUCACUCUCGCGAAACCCCUGGAUCGUGAAGAAAAUGACACGGUAAGGUUUCUGGUAAGCCUUGAGGAUAAAGUGACAGAGGGUCAACAACCGAAUAUCGUCGGUGUGGAUGCCUAUGUCAUUCUGCUGGACGUCAAUGAUAACCCACCGAAAUUCUCUGGGACUCCGUACGAAGCAAUGGCUGAUGAAGAUACUCAGAUCGGUACAACAAUACUCCCUGGUAUACGUGUCACUGAUCCAGAUUUCAUUGGAGAAAACAUUGAAGUGUCAUGUGUAUCACAACCGCAGUUUCCCGAUGCCUGUGCCAAGUUUGGUAUUGUCGACGUAGAGAAGAGUCAGAAUACAUACGUGGGUGCACUGGUGCUACGUCAGCCACUUGACUAUAAGCAGAGACCCUUCUACCAAUUGCUACUGCGGGCAAGCGAUGGCGUUAACGUAGAGACCACUGGGGUGGAAAUUAAAGUAGCUGAUAUACAGAACAGUCCUCCCGAGUUUUUGGAUUCGCUCAAUGGAAUUGUUAAAGAGAAUGACCAAAUUGGUACAUUGGUUAUGACUGUCAAGGCGAGGGAUGGAGAUAGGGGUAUGCCGAGACAAAUUCUCUACGAGUUGGAAAGCAAUCCUUUUGAUUACUUCCUCCUCGAUCAACACUCUGGGGAACUUAGGACGGCCAAACCCUUGGAUCGAGAAGCCUUGAAAGAUUCAACUGGAGUAUUGACAUUGAAGAUAAAAGCCCGAGAAGUAGUGAAUGGUAUAUAUGGUAAUGAUGACUCGACAGUUUCAACGGCAAAUGCAACAGUAACGAUAAAAGACGUAAAUGAUGAGUCGCCGACAUUUAAUAAACGAGAGUACAGUAUAGAGAUACCUGAGAACGUACCUGACGGCACGCUUUUACCUCAUCUAGACAUGACCGUCAGAGAUCCAGACGUAGGGUUGAAUUCAAAAUUUUCUCUACGUCUGGAGGACAUAACCGGUGCAUUCAGUGUUGAACCAGUGACAGCUACUGGCAGUACAUCAGUAAACAUUCGUGUGGUAAAUGGCUCACUCGAUUACGAAAAUCCAAACCAACAAAAAUUUAUAAUUCUCGUGAUUGCGGAGGAAUUACACACUGAGCCAAAGUUAUCAUCAACAGCAACUGUUACAGUGACAAUAACCGAUGCUAAUGACAAUGCGCCCUCUUUCAAUUCGCCAACAUAUGCGGCUGUCGUAUCUGAAAGUUCAGCCCCAGGUACUCCAGUUGCAACAAUCAGAGCCAAAGAUCGUGAUAGCGGUGAAUUAGGUACGGCGGGAAUAAUUUACCAAUUGCUUGGUCAAGGCGCUGAGCAUUUUGCCGUUGACAAGCGCAAUGGUAGUAUAACAGUAGCGGGAUGUCCCUCUCCGGGCACCUCUCCAUGCCUAGAUUUUGAGGAGCAAAACGAGUACUUCUUGAACUACAAAGCAAUCGACGACAAUGGCAAUGGACAAACAACAACAGUUUCGCUAAGGGUUUCACUGGCAGAUGCCAAUGACAGUCCCCCCAAAUUUCUUCAAGAUAAAUAUCGGGCUGUUAUCGAUGAGGGAGCAGAGAAGUUCGAACCAGAACUCAAAGUACAGGCGCGAGAUCGUGAUAAAACUUCCAAGAUAACUUACUCGAUAAUUGAUGGCAACGAAAUGGGUUUCUUCGAAAUUAAUCCGAGCACUGGGGAAAUUAGCAUUGCUAAUAACGGGCCCAUUGAUCUUACAAAUUCGACGCAUGAGUGGAUUUCAUUAAUUGUUGGUGCAACAGACGGCUUGUUCUCUGACACAGCCAUGGUCAAUGUCACCGUGCGAGACGUGAAUAAUAACGAUCCUAUAUUUCCGCAUGACGUUUAUACAGCGAGUGUACCGGAAACAGCGCCCACUGGCACUCUCAUUGAGGAGAUUUAUGCAACUGAUGCUGACAGCGGUAUAAAUGCCGAGUUGAAGUAUAGAAUUCAGAAAGGCGCCUUCGAUGAUUUUGUCAUCAAUGAAACAACGGGAAUUGUGUCGGUUUCGGGUAAACUCGAUUACGAUACAAGAAAUGCUUAUCACAUUGAAGUUAUUGCUCUUGAUGGGGGUACUCCGAGUCUUACUGGAACAGCAACGUUGAUGAUUAAAAUUGAAAAUACUAAUAAUAAGGCACCCUAUUUCACUCCCAAUACUCAGCGGGCAGAAAUAACUGGUGAUUCGCCCGUUGGAACAGUCUUCACAUCGGUGAAGGCCGUUGAUCCUGAUAGUACAAGUCAGGAUGCUUUAAAAUUUUCCAUAACUGAACCAAUAACAGCUAUCGACAAGAAUGGACAGUUGGUAACGGGCAACACAACUGCAUUCAAAGAUUUUUUUGCCAUCGACCCGAAAACUGGCCAAGUGUCAGUGGUGCGCGCUUUGGACAGAGAAAUUGCUGCAACCGUCAGUCUCAAUGUCAUAGUCACUGAUACAUCAGCAUCUGUUGUCCAACAAGGUGCUGGAACCCUCGUUGUUACUAUUAUUGAUGUCAAUCGCCUUCCACCUGAAUUUUUAAAACCAUGGACAAAAGACAAUCCACAGUAUAUGAUUGAAAUGCAGGAGGAACAGCCAACUGGAGCAAUCGUUGGGGCAUUCACAGCCACAGAUGUUGAUAGCAAUAUUUCGGAAUAUACCAUAAAUCCCCCCAGUUCGUACUUCAAUAUUGACAAUGUGACGGGAAUUGUAAGAACAAGUCAAAUAAUUGAUUAUGAGGAGAGUAAGCAGCUCGAGUUUAUAGUAGUAGCUUAUGAUUCUGGAGUUCCUCAACUAUCUUCAACAGCCAAAAUUAUUGUCAACAUUAUUAAUGUCAACGAUCAGGAUCCAAAAUUCCAGCAAGAAUCAUACAAUGUCACUGUCAGAGAAAAUUCCCCAGCAGGAACUCAUGUGACCAUCGUUAAAGCUACUGAUAGUGAUGAAGGAGUUUUCGGUGAAAUUAGUUACAGCUUGAUUGGAGAGCAUGCUUCUGAUUUUAAUAUUGGACAUGAAACUGGUGAGAUCACCGUUGGGGCUGCUACUGUUCUUGAUCGAGAAGAAACAGGUGAAAUAACAGUGACGGUUAUGGCGAGCGAUGGAGGGCCAAUUAAGUCGAGAAGAUCGACUACAGUUCCUGUUGUUAUUCAUCUCGAGGACGUGAACGAUAAUAAACCUGUAUUCACUCAACACAGCUAUCGAGCUUCAGUUGCUGAAAAUCUGUCCAUUAAUCCUCCAGCUACUAUUCUCCAGGUGCGUGCUGAAGACGACGAUGACGAUGUGAAUGGAAAAGUAUCGUAUACAAUAGUGAGUGGAAAUGAAGACGGGGCUUUUAGUCUCAAUGAAGAAACAGGUUUUCUCUAUCCGGCAAUGAGUUUAGCUGGUCGUGCUGGAACUUACAGGAUCCAAGUGGAAGCAAGAGAUGGCCAGGGGGGCAAAGGCCCACACUCAGAUAAAGCUUAUGUAGAUAUCCGGGUAAUUGCUGUUAAUCAACAUAAACCUGAAUUUGUUAUGCCUGAACUUCCAAAUGCAACAGUCCAAGUGCCCGAAAAUGCGGGUAUACCAAACUACUUGGUGAUGAGAGUGAGAGCAACGGAUGAAGAUCCCGGUGAGAACGGAAGGAUCAGUUAUUUUGUCAAAGUUGGUAAUCGUAAUGUACCCGAAACUGAUGAGUUUAUGAUUGACCAAGAGAGUGGUGAACUACGAGCGAAAAUUAUCCUCGAUAGAGAAGUGAAGAGCAAGUUUGAGUUAGUUUUAGUUGCCACAGAUCAUGGUAAUCCAACCAAUUAUGAAACUCUACGGCUUUUAACAAUUGUACUUGUUGAUACUAAUGACAAUAUUCCCGAGUUUUAUGAAGAAUACAGCUUCCAUGUAGCUGAAAAUCGCCCUAAAGAUUCCGUGGUUGGCAGAGUCGCGGCUGAGGAUAAAGACGAGGGGAGACAUGCCCGAGUGUACUAUUAUAUUGCCGGAGGCAAUGAUAAUACUUCAUUUUACAUUGACAAAUCGGAUGGAACAAUUUACACAAACAAAUCAUUCGAUAGAGAAACACGUGAUAAUUAUGUAUUAUCUAUUGUUGCGGCUAAUGAUCCAGAUCUUUAUAUUGCUCCAUCAGAGCCUGGAAAGUCGUUGACAUUUAAUCCUGAGCAUGGAUACGUUAACGUUACAAUAUCCAUUCUCGAUGAAAAUGAUAGUCCACCGGUUUUUGAGAGGAGUGAUUACUACACGGGAAUCAAUUCCAUGGCCAACGUCAAUGAUAUCGUGGCAAAGGUAACAGCUUAUGAUCAGGAUGUUGGUGAAAAUGGCACUUUACAUUAUUACGUUGCAUCGGCCAAUCUUUACAAAUACGGAUCGGAUAAGCCCAGUGGAUCGAUUGUACCGAGUCCCUUCAAUGUCUCUCAAGAUGGCAAACUUCGAACCAGUGGUUAUAUGGCUGAAUAUAAUCAGGACAGAUUUAUUGUUGAGAUUGUAGCGAAAGAGACAGCUUCUCCGGAACGAUUCGCCAUGGCGAGAGUUCACGUAUGGGUUUUUGAACCUUCUCAAUUAAUUCGGGUUAUUCUCUCUCGCCCCCCUGAUGAGGUUCACAGACAGAGAGAUGAGAUUGUUGCCGAAUUAUCAAAUGCAACUCAAAGUAGAGUUGUUGUUGAUGAGAUACGCUAUCAUGUUGAUUCUGCUGGAAAAAUCCGUCGGGAAUGGUGUGACAUGUAUUUACAUGUUGUUGACCCCAAAAAUCAAAAUAUCACACCAGUUCCCCAGGUUCUCCGAGCAAUUGAUGCCAAAUAUGAUAUACUCAAAGAUUAUUAUAUCGGUUUUGCUAUUGAAAAUGUUGUUCCCGCUUUUGCUGGGCGGCAGGAGGCACCCUUUGAUCCUGCUCUCGCUGCUCUCAUAGCCCUCCUUGUCGUUUUAUUAGUUGGAGCUGUCACUGUUACCGUUGUAUGCUGUUGUCUCAGACAUUGGGUCAUUACUGUUCCCAGCGAUAUUAGAAAAAAAGAUGGCCUCAUAAAGAAACAAAUAAUUGACGAAUUGAACACUACUGAGAAUCCUCUCUGGAUUGAACAAAAAUUGAAACUCUAUGAGGAACAGGAAUUGACGAUGCAAGUUUUCAGUGAACCUGAGGGGGCACUGGUCAGUGAGAGAAGAGGGAGUGGAGUUAGUGUUGGUAUGGAUACAUCGCAAGAUAACACCUAUGCUACUAUUCAACAUCCCGCCCCGGCUAAUAGGCAUCGGCCAACAACCCCGGAUUAUACAACGCUACCUGGAAAUCAUAGCCUAUAUGAGUCUGCUAUGGGUUUUCAGGGAUCAACAUUUCAACCAUCAACCACUGUCGUCCCACAAUUAACACUUGAUCGUGAUGGUCAGCCACAAUUUGUCUCGGGACUCGUAUAAAAGGCCAAAAUUAUUUAAAUGAUCGUUAUCAUCAUCAUCAUCAUCAUCAUCAUCAUCAUCAUCAUCAUCAUCAUCAUCAUCAUCAUCAUCAUCAUCAUCAUUCCAUUUGAUUUGAUUUUUUUUUUCCUGUAGUAAUCAUCAUGGCAUGAUCAUUCUUUGUUACUAUGUUAUCUGCAUGAAUGACUCGAUUAAUCAGUAUUUGGAUUAAUGAGCUUCCAACAAACGGUCAGAAAAUUUAUUAAAUCGCAAGCUCGCACACAACUGGGCCUCGACAAUAACUGGAUCAUAUGAUUUGGUCUAAGAAUGUGCGAGUUGAAAGAAUAGUAGAGCGUUAUUUCCGGUUGCCGAGUAGUUAAGAUAAGACUAUUUCUCUGAAACAGCCCAAUCAUGUAUUACACAUCCCAUAAUCGUCAUUGUCAAAUAAUGUUGUCUAUCUCUUGUCUAAUUGCGCAUAAAAUUCUCAUUGACAUCUUUAAUCAUAAAAUCAUAUAUAUGAAAGACAUAUAUAAGUAUUAGACACUAUUAGAUUAGAAAACUGAUUGGAAAACGAUUAUGUAUUAAUCUAGCUGGUGUGUGCAUGUAUAUAUUUGUGCGUUGCCAAUUUGAGGUACGAUUUUAAUUGAUGAAUGGCUGAAUGAAGAUAAUCCAUAUGGUAGAUAUCAUUAAAUUUGAUUAACUGAGAUGAAUGGUGGUAGGAUUUUUUUGUCGGGCGACCACAGGUAUAUAAGGUAUUAUGUAUAUAAAUGAAUGUGUAGAUGGAUCCGUCCAGUCCAGGUCUUUCCCCUGUUCUGUUUUCUUUCUUUUUCUUUUUUCUUUUCCUUUCCCCACUAACGUAUUUACUUUUAUUCUGUACGUUUAUACUGCCAAUUUUGUGGUCAUCCCACACAUGUUAAGUCACUAGCUUAAAUACACUUAAUUACUCGUAAUUAUAGUUGUAAAAGUUUAUCAGUGAAAUAUGAUUAAUAGGUCAUGAUUAAUGAUAUCAUGGUUGGUCCAUAACUUAGAAUAUUUAAUUUGUUAAAAUUGUGGAGACGUUUUUGGAUCUGUGAUUUGGUGAUAGUUGGCUGCGGCAUUGAUUAUGAAUUUUUUCGUAAAUUCAUUAACUAAUGUUUUUGUUAAUGGAUUGGAUCCAGGAGGCUGUGGGCGGACAUAAUCAUAUCCAUAGGUGAAUCAAAAAAAUAAAAAAAAAAUAAUAAAUGAUUUUAAAAAGUGAAAAAAAAAAAAAGUAUAGGUAAAUUGAACGGUGACGUCGAUUCGCAACGAAUCCUGAUUCCAUCCGUCGAUUGAAUUCCGAACUAAUUGAUUAUUAUAUUGAAUUUGAGCAGACUGGCCAGCAAUGUUUUGUACAACUUGAAAAA